AGUUGUUGGAUUGGAAUGACAUUUUGCUUAGGGUUGUUGUUGCUAUGGCAGGUGAGGAGGUUAGAAGCACAAGGUGUGCCUUCAAAGCAGGCAGAGGCAAUAACUGCUGCUAUUAUUGAAGUUUUAAAUGAUAGCUUGGAAAAUGUGGCUCACUCUUUUGUUUCAAAAGCAGAAAUGCAGAAAACUGACAUGCUUCAUGAGUCAAACCUCUCCAAGUUUAAAACUGAAGUACAAAGUUCCCAGGGAGGAAAUGACUUUGAGAUAUAUGACUCAGAGAGAACAGUGGGUCACACAGGUCAGCUUUAUAUUUCAGCUUCUUAUUGCAUUAUUAAAUACCAUGGAUUUUUCUAUUUCCAUGGCAUCUAGAGAACCAAAUGCAUCAUUAGUAUAGUGUCAUUGCAAAGAAAGCUCCAACCAGACUUGGAUGA